AUGGUUGAAGAGCAUAAUAUUCCAAAUGUUGAAGAAGAACAUGAUUCUAGUUAUGAUGAGGAAGAUGAUGAAGAUUUUGAUCCAACUAAAGUUGAAGUCGUUGGUAAUAGUGAUGAGGAUGAAGAUGAUCUAGAUGGGUAUAGAGAUGGUGAAGUUCCAAAAGAUGUUUCAAAAUCAAAGAGGGAUUAUUCAGCCAUCGAAAGUGAUGCUGGAGGAUUGAUCAAAACCAGAAGAGCAAGACUAUUAGAAGAGAGUUUGAGCAAGACGCAUAAAUAUGAACAUCUGGAGACUAGCAAUGUAUCGGAAUCUAUCCGUAGUGUGUGGGAUGAUUUGAAGAAUACUAGUUUACAGAGAUUGGAUAUGAAUAGAAGAAAUGAUACUAUUAUGGGAGAAAGCUCUAAAAAAGAAAAUGCAGCAUUAGAUGAAGAAACUAUUUGGAUUGAAAGAUCAUAUAAAUUUGCAGGACAAGUGGUUAAUGAAAGAAAAAAAGUACUGAAAUCGAGUGCAGAGGCAAAAGAAUAUUUAAAUAGCUUGAAGUUUCAAAAGCAACCAGAUAGUGUGAAAAAAGCUGAGCCAAAAUCUACUGACGUGAAGAAUAUUGAACAAACCAAAACAAAAAGUAAAUCUGAUGAAAUUUUGAAAUUAAAUCUGCGAAGACCAUUAAAAAGGCCACCUAUUUUGGAGCAGAUUAUAGCUGGGUCAUUGAAACCAAAAUUAACGACCUUAGAAAAGUCUAAAUUAGAUUGGGCAACCUUUGUUGAUAAGGAAGGUAUUACUGAUGAGUUACAGUCACAUAAUAAAGAUGGUUAUUUGGCAAAGCAAGAUUUCUUGAGUCGUGUUGAGUCAGUUAAAGAUGAAAAAUACAAAGAUUUUAGGAAAAAGCAAUUGGCCCUACGAUUCCAGGAACAAAAUCAAUAA